AUGGCGGCGCUUGUAGCGGCCAUGGCGACUUCCGCCAGUGCGUUCAUCGCAGGACUGAGUGGCGCGAGGACAUGCGCGCUCCCUGCCUCUCUCUCUCCUCUCAUCAGCAGCAAGCUUUCUCCUGCUCCAGUUGCAGGCGGGACAUUUUGGCGUCUUGGAGCCACUGGCCAUCGAAGGACAAGGAUUCUGUCCUUGAACGCAGAGGACGAGGAAAAGCCGAUCAUUCCCGACUCCAAAACGAUGGGGCAGAACAUCGGCAGGGCUCUCAGCGGAGCGACUAAGUCGUGGGAUGCCAUCGGAGAGAGUCUGGGGGUAGAGGAGGAGGAGGAGGCGGUCGAAGAGCCCAAGACAGGCAAGGAUGCGCUGUUUGGAGGAAGAGAACAAAAGAUCUUCGAGGCCAUGGAAAAAGAUCUACAAGAGAGCGAAGGAGGCGAGUCGGAGGAGCUGCCCGAGUGCCCUGAGCCGAUCUUGUUCGCAGCCGAAGAUUUCGAGAAGUCAGUGUGGAGGAUUCAAGUGGAGAAGAGCGGGAACUGGUUCACCGGCAACUACGUUCCGUCGGACUUCAGGGUCGCGUUUUCUUCGGCAGACGACGGGCUGGUGGAGUACGGGGGUGACCCUUUCACCAAGGGCAAGUGGUACUGCGACGGCAGCAGCGUCUACUUCGACCGCAGACCCUUCGCUGCCCUCGGCCCCCUCGGCCCGGGCUGCGAAUAUUUUCGUGCGACUCUCCAGGGGUGGGCCAACGACGAGCUGCAGCUGCAGAGCGCCGGGUAG